AUGGAAACUCUUUGUGCUGGCUGCCUUGCUGGGCUUUUGUCUGGUGCAUUGGGAGCCGCGGCAUACCGAGACAGGCGCGGUUACGUCCUUCCGGCGGUCGGCCGCACGAAGCGCCAUUCUCACCUGGUGAAAGGACACGAUGGCCUGCCGCCCUUGGCGCUGGACAUCCUCGUGGCGGCUCCCCCAAAGAGGGCGCCAGGGCCAGAGGAGGAGCCGCUUGUCUUCUACGUUUUAGACCCACAACCUCUCCUCUUCGGCGCAGCUGCGCUCUUCGCCUUUGGACAGGCCUCUUAUUUCGCGAACUCCGAAGCUUGCCCAGAAGCGGCUUUCAGGCGGAUGUUCGUGGUCGGCGUCGGCCAUGCAAGUGCGGACUUCUGCUUGUCCGACACCGGCUUCGACGCUCAGGCCCUGCGUCAGCUUCGCCGCAGAGACUUUCCACCGCGCAAUCAUGCCUCUAUUCUCCCGGGCCGCGGACCCAAUGCCCACGCCCAUCGUUUGGUCGAGGCCUUGGUCGACGAGGUGCUGCCCCACGUGGAGAAGAAUCUGCUGGGAUUGUCCCAAGCGCCGCGGCGAUGUUUGCUGGGCGCAAGCUACAGUGCUGUGGUUGCGCUUCAGACGAUGCUGCUGAGACCCGGUGCCUUCACUUCCCUGGUGCUGGGCAGCCCCUCAGUUUCCUUUGACCCCGAGAUCCUUGAAGACGUCGCUGCCGGCGCCUACGUCUCGACAGCGCUUCAAGCAGACGUGAUGGUGCAAAUUCUUCUGGGGGAGUGGGAAGAGAAAGGCCUGGAGCUGCCGGGAAACGUGAGCAACGACUUGCCGGAAGGUGUGCACCGUCUCGCAGCAGCGCUGCGCGAGCGGGGCCUUUCAGUUGACGGCGUACAUAACGUGCUCGAAGAGGACUCCAGCUCCUCAGCUACCACCAUUGCGGAGUCUGUCGAUGGCUCGCCAGAGGCGAAGCCAGGUGUUCGGUUGAAGUUUGCGCAGGAGGGAAGACGUGAGGCCGCGCCGGUCUCACCGCCAGCCGAAAAAUUCAUACACGGCUUCGAGAAGACCGAGGGCUGUCAGCCCAGCCCGCUGCAAACGAUGUGUAUGCAGCCGGGCGUCGUACUUGAGUGCGACGGGAGGAAGAAGUAUGGCCCGCGGCCGCGAAGGGACCGCAUGGCCUGGAAGGACUACAAUGGCGAGGGCCAAGUCAUGUUCGAUGUCUACUGGGACAUGGGCGACCUGUACGAUCAGAAUGCAGGCACCGAGGUCGUGACCUCCACAGAGAGCCCCAUGGCCAAGGAACUGGCUGCAAUGGUUGCGAGACCAUCCACGGCGAAUCUGGAGGCGUCGCAGCCUUGCUCCAACGACAGUGCAAAGCCUCGACCUGCCUCAGCACUGCAAGCAGAACUUCGUGCCCAGUUGGGCCGAUUUGAAGGUUUGAAGCGCCCGGCAUCAGCAAAUCUGCUUGGCGUAAGGGGGGAGUCGCUGUUUUCGACUUCCAAGUCGGCAGCUGCGGUGGUCACGGCUGCUGUUUGCUGGCUUGGCCAAGGUACCCGGAGCGGCGUUCCGGCUGACAGCAAAGUACAAGGCCUCAAAGCCCCUGCGGCUUUGCAGCAAUCUUCCAAACAGCUGGCGGACGCACCGCGGCCGCAGCGGAUCACACGUUCAGCUUCCUGCUCCACGGGCAUUGCCCAAGUCUCGGUGUUGCGCUCGCAGCCGCGGAAGCCCAGGCAGAAAGUGGUGUUGAUUGGCGGGCGUGGUUUAGUGGUGCAGCCGCCCCUCGGAGCGACGAUGGGCCACGGACUGCUCCCCAACGAGUCAAACCUGCGGGAAGCAGUUCGCAAGGGCGAGUUCUACUACCCUUCACCGACCUCGGCGAAGGGGGAACAUCAGCCGCGGCGGACCGCCAGCGUGGCUGUAAUGGGCGUUCAUGCAGGAUAUGGUGGCCUGCACCCGCGCGCAAUUUUGGGCGAAGUGCUGAAGAGGCAGCAGAUCAAUGACAAGGAGGCACGCAUGACCUCUCACGACUUGGCCCUGGCAGUCUGCUCCCUCUCGGAGCCUGCCUCCGCGGGCCAACUCUGCACUUGCUCCAAGGCGCUGAGACGGGCGAUCCACAAAGCCCUUAAAGAGCUGAAGCGCGAGCGCCUCUAUGUCGUCGGAGGCCUGGACGACAGUUUCACGCCGCUGAAUGCGGUGGAGCGGUUUGACCCGGCUGACGGCUCCUGGGAGAGUCUGCCACCAAUCAACACCGCAAGACAUGGAGUUUGCCUCGCCGUGGUGGGUGGCCAGCUCUAUGUGAUCGGUGGGGAGCUCCGCGGAGUAGCCCUGGCCGACGUGCAGCGCUUCAAUCCAUGGGGCAUCCAACAAUGGGAGACGCUUCCAUCCAUGUCCGUGGGCCGGAUCAAGGCGGCAGCGUUCGAAUGCCAGGGCUACCUCUACGUGCUGGGGGGCCAUGACGGCUUCAACGCUCUUUGUUCCGUCGAACAGUUCCACCCCAGGACACAGAAGUGGCAGGAGGUGACGCCGAUGCAGAAGCCGAGGUACGCCUGUUCCGCCACCUGCGCAGAAGGGCGCAUCAUCGUCUUCGGCGGAGAGCUCACAGAAGCGGGUGCUGCCGCUACCUUCGAGGUCUACGACUCCAAGGUGGGCAUGUGGCAGCUGUAUCCCUCGGUGCGGUCCCCUCUUUGCGGUGCAGUGUCGAUCAUCGGCGAAGCCGGAGAAGUCUACAACUUUGGAGGCCUUGGCCUAAGUGGCCAGGCGUUGACCUUUGCGGAGCGAGCGGCGCUGAACGAGACGGUUCGGCAAACAGACCUGGACACCGCUGCCACCCAUGCCGACUGCACGGCAGCAGAUGUCCGCCUGCAUGUUCCAGGCUCUGAGGCUUCGGGGCCCCUCUUCUCGCCCCGAAACAUCCGGGGCACUUCCGCUGCUGACAUGGCGAACAGCGCCGAAGCCGCGGUGGUGGGGGCUGCGGCCAUCGAAAGCGGUGAGGCCUCUGAGAAGGAGCGGUUUGCAGUCACGACUGCCAAAGAGGUUUGGGAGCAGCGCGGUCUCCCACCAGAUUCACCGCUUCUGCCGUACAUGGAUGACAGCCAGUGGCUACGUGCUACGGAGCCGAUUCUGCGAGAGCUGGUCGAUCAGUGGUUUCAGGACUGGGAGGUCGCGAUGCAGAAAUCGAUUUCUGGUAACCUUUGCAUGCGGUCUUUGGCGAGGCGGCUACGCUCCGAGCCCAAGUUUCAAUCAGGCCGCCCCUCGUGCAUCCUUCGCUGUUGCGACACCGUGGAGUGUCUGUGCUAUCACCUCGUGAUUGGAGUCUUGCUCUACUUCAUUGCCCUCUUUAUCUUCAUCGUCCUUGCGGUUCUCUUGGAGCUCCUCCUGUAUCCGGCCCUUUUCAUCUGCAAGUACCUGCCGUCGGGGCAGCGAGGUCCAUGCAUGAAGGAAUGCGACCCAGGCAUCCUCGGGUUCGUCUUCUUUGUCGGCCUCGGAUACGAGCCGUCUGUGUUUCACUAUGUCUCCGAGCUUCUGUACAAGCCCGAGAUGGCAGAGCGGAUGAACAGGAGCUUGCACGACAUGAACGUCGGCUGCUACAUCGACAUCGGCCGAUGUUGGCAGAAGGGCGAUUAUGGAAGGAGCUUCAAGUAA